AUGGCCUGCAUGGUCCGGAGCCAAAACUGGCAUUUCCACAAUCGUGCAUGGGCGAAUCGCAUGGAGCCUACUUUAGUCUACGUUGUUGGAUUGCAUGUGAACUUGCUCACCUGGCUGGUCGAGUUGGUUCAAGUCUGUGUGCUUUGUUCUGAGCCCUUCGUCGGAGUGCUGUCUAUUGUCUAUUCGUCGGCCAAAAAUACGAUUCCUCGCCGUGUCCCUGCCCUUGUCCUGUCAACUCUGUCAACUCUAGGCUUUCGACCAUCUGCAUGGGACCUGCUGCAAGUCCCGGCCUUCCAAUGUGACUUGCAGUGCCCCCCCAGCUAUCCGUCUCUAGCGGUCCCUUGGCUGUCGUUAGCCGUGUUUAGCGGCCCCAAACCAGUUCAAGUCGCCCACACAAGUGCCUCUACCGUAACAUCCGACCCGCAUCUGCCAAUCAUGUGCCACCUCCUCUCUGGCUCGCCUUUUGCACACCAUCUCAGGAGCUUGACUUCGUAUCUCUUCAUCCAUAGUUAUCGACUUUCUCUUGCCGCGACCAAGGCCUCCCCAUACUCGAUAAACUCCCUGGGCUGGUCGCGCGCCACCGAAGAACCCGUCAAUACGUCCAGGGAGACUGGGUUCUUCUCCAGCAUCCAAAACCUGAACCCCUUUCAGGAUCGCGGAUAUUUGCAGCUGCCCACACAUGAAGCGUCGCCCGGCGCGCCUCUACCUGCUCCAACUCGUCGCGAGGAAGAGGAGGGGUGGUUUAUCCGCGGGACUGCAGCUUGUUCUGCCUUUCCUCUGCCUAGCCCCCCUCCACCUCCCGCGAUUUCUGCAUGUGAUGCAGAUGGGACGCCUCGUGGCUUGUCGCAACUAACUCUUUACGUUAUAGUCAGUCGCUGGGACAGACUCUUGGUCUUUGCUGCUUGCAACAUUGCCGCCCUAGCAUGCUUCGUCAUAUGCUUCACGCUCUUUCCCAUCGUCGCCACUCGCCCGCGCAAGUUUGUCCUAUUAUGGACUGUGGGUUCUGGCCUAUUUCUGGCGUCCUUUGCGGCUGUCAUGGGCCCCAUGAACUACAUCUAUCACCUUUUGUCGACGCCCAGACUGCCCUUUACUGCGGCCUAUUUUGGAUCCAUUAUAAUGACGUUGGUCUUCGCCAUAAAACUACUUUCCCAUGGGCUCAACUGGUCUGCGCAUGGCGACGACGUUUGGUGCACGGCAAGCGGCAUCUUGGAUGAGUGGCUAACUGCACUGCAACCCAGCACCUGGCAGUCCAAGCUGUCGAAUCUCUCAUACUCAUCCAAUACCGGCUAG